CUGCACCUGCGCUCUACUGUAAUUUCCCGGUCAUUACCAAACGUGCCGAUUUCAAUAAUCACUGACGGACAUUUCUGUCAAAGCACGAAUAGAUUUCCAUUAACUUUAAUCUGAACAAUGUAUCGAACAUCCUAAGAAAGCAAGUGAAUCUCUCCCUGGGAAAAUGCCGAGCGAGGAGCCAAAAACGGCACCUGGGAACAUUACAGAGAAAAAAUCACCACAACAACAAGGGGUAAGCAAGGAAACAACCUGUUGUUAGUUUAUAGGAACUUUUUAAACGUCGUUAAAAGGUCUAAUUUCACCUCUUUGUGAAUAUUGGAUUGUUUUGGAAUUUAUGGAAAACGAAUGAAACCAUCAUUAUUUGUAUUUGUAUUUCUAUAAAGUAACCUAACCCGUCUGUCCUCAUUCCUCUGACAUCCGAUGUAGUGGAAAGUGCAACAGCCUACUAGCCUAUAGGUCAUCAUUGUCACCUCUGUAAAAUGAGUUUUGUAUUGGAUAUUUGGUGGAUAUUCGGUUUUAUCUCCUCCAUAGCUAUUGAACCAAGCAUGCCAUAACUAUGAAGAUGGCAUAUUCUGAAUCAGGGGUGGAUGGAGAAAAAUCCAUAGCUCUUUUUGUUGUUGAAAUUUAUAUUUUAUUUUUGUGUGUGGGGGGAGCUUUUCAUCUUUAAUAGCUCUUACACAAUACAUUCCAUGACCAUGAAAAUGAUAUAUUCGGAUUCAGGGGGAGGAUCUACAAAAAUCUACAGCUUUUUUUUUUUGACUUUUUUUUUUUUUGCACCAUCUUCCUCACACCCCAACAACCUGCUAUUUAACCUUUUACUGCAGUGGGCUAAAUCAGUGAUUCUUGGUAGUCUUAAACAAAUCUACUUUGAAACAAAAGUAUACACCUCACACACAUGGUAAUGGUCUUAAAAAAGAGUUGACAUUUAUUCAAUUUUGAGUUUGCAUCCCAAUAUUACUCUUUAUAUACAUCACUGAAAUAUAACAAAACUGUUUGACAUAGAAACACCGGAUUUGUCAGAAAAAAACAAAAUCUACAUUUCCAAAAAACAAAAGCCAUGGAUUUUUGUCCAUCCUCCCCCGAUUCAGAAUAUAUAAUUUUCAUAAUCAUGGUACGCUUUGUGUAAGAGCUAUUAAAUAUAUUUUUUUAAGCCGUGGGUUUUUGUCCAUCCUCCCCUGAUUCAGAAUAUACCAUCUUCAUAGUCAUGGCAUGCUUGGUUCAAUAGCUAUUGAUGAGAGAGAACCAAAUAUCCAAUAUAAAACUACCUUGGGUAUAAACCUCUCAAUAUUUAUUUCAAAGACAUAAUCAAAGUUUUAUGACUAUCAACAUUUCAGUUGAUACAGACUUAACAUCAAGUCCAUCGCAUUGCUCUCAUUUGAUUGUUUGUUUUGCAUAACCUAUUGUAACCCAUUGUAUAACAACUACCUGUAGGCUACUCUUUAAACCCCUUUUAUGACUUACAAUGUGUCAUGAUGAUGAUGAUGAUGAGGCAGGCAGAUGGUAGUGGCCUAAAUCAAAUGAAUGGCAGUUCUCAAAACUGAACUGCCAUUUUCACCUGACCUGCGUCCUCUUGGUGUCCAUAGUUAAUCUCUUGGCUGUCUGUUUAGCCUACUGGUCCACUGAUCACACACACACACACACACACACACACACACACACACACACACACACACACACACACACACACACACACACACACACACACACACACACACACACACACACAAAUAGAGGCAAUAGUUCCUAUUUUGUUGUGAGGUUAAAUUGUUUGCCUUCCAGGGGAGGAAGGAGAAAAUGAGUGCUUGCAUCAAUUGAGCUAGAUGACACAACAGUGGCACAGCUCUAUAGGCACACACAAUGGUUUACAAAGACUGCAUAACAAUGUCACAUUUCCUGAUGUGUGAACCACACCCAUAUAUGUAAAUCUGGACUGCAUAGCUAUGCCUACCAUUGUCACUGACUGUGUUCACCCUAAACAAUGUGCAGUCCCAGUGUCUCAUACAAGUUAAACUAGAGAGGGAGUACUUUACUUGUGACAUGGAAUCCAACUUUCAGCAUUAAGGCAUGACAUCGUUCUAGGUUCUUCUGAUGGAGGAUCUGUCUGACAGUUUUGAAUGUGUUCUAUCUGUUCUAGAGUCCAGCACAGCUGAAUGGGUUUAAUUUAACUCAUGAUGUCACCAAUCCCUCAUCCCAGCCACAGUUUGAGUCCCGCCCCCCGUCCCCUGCAUCCCCACCAGACCCACAUAUUCUCCCAAGAGAGCAGUGGGGUGGGAAGUAUGAGUUUCUGCUCUCCUGUAUCGGCUACUGUGUGGGACUGGGGAACGUGUGGAGGUUUCCCUACCUCUGCUACCGCAAUGGAGGAGGUGAGUAACCCUCAGCCAUGCUGGCUUUUAGCCCUCAAACACUUUACACUGCCCCUCAAACUCUAAGUAUGAAUGAAGCUUACAUGUAUGAAGCUGUAUUAUUGUAUUGAAAUUGAUGCAUAUUAUGUUACCAUGGCCUUCAGGCCUGCACUGUCCUCUCACCUCUGUGUGUUGUGCUGCAGAGUUUAAUCUGAGAGCUGAAACCAAAGCCACACAAUCACAGGCCGCCAGUGGCGCUAUAAAGCCGACACACAGGCACUGUAACUAAUCCUAUAAGGGAGAGCCAAUGUCAUUUGCAGAAACAGACCCUGACCUGAAGUGCACAGAAAAACACACCUUAAUACAGUCUACUGAACGGUUCAUUGAAAACUAUAGUACACAAACUUCAGCUCCCCAUCUGAAGCUAGCACAUGCUGAGACUUCAAUAGUUGAGGGAUGGAAAAACCCUGUGCUGGCUGGCAGCUUUCCAGAUGUAGUAAGUGAUUAUAAAGCCAUAGUGUUGUUUGUAGAACAUAUCCUUACACGCCAUGUAUCCGUGUAGCAGCUCAGUGUUAUAACAAUCAAAUGAAUGAGGGAUGUCGCCUCUUGUAUUAUCCCCUGUUUCCUGUUUGACCUGUGACCUCCUCUGUCCCCAGGUGUGUUCCUCAUCCCCUACUUCAUCAUGCUCUUCUUCACCGGUGUCCCCCUCUUCCUCAUGGAGCUCAGUCUAGGCCAGUAUGGAGCUGCUGGACCAAUCACAGUGUGGAAGUGCUGCCCCCUCCUCAAAGGUAAACCCCCAGGACCCCCAUUGUCCUCCAAACACUCCAUAAUUGUCCACCAAUGCUCUGAUUAGUCUCAACCUUAUGUUCUCUAAAAACAAAAGCUCCCUCAUCUGGACUGCACACACCAAUAUGCCUGUGUGUCUCUCUAUAGGCAUUGGCAUUGGGAUGCUUUGUGUGUCUACGCUGGUGUGCCUCUACUACAACGUGAUUAUAGCCUGGACCUUCUACUACCUGGGCAGCUCUUUCCAGAGCCCCCUGCCCUGGUCCUGUGAUGCCCCAGCCAAUGCUUACCUCUGUGGGAACGCCACCACUGUGAACAGUUCCUCUGGCAGAGCCCUCAGCCCCUCAGAGGUCUUCUGGAAGUAAGGGCUCUUCCACCACUGUUUGUCACUAAAAAUGAUCGAAUGGCCUCUGCAUGAUAGAAUUCAGAUUAGGAUUGUCUUAUUGUGGGGGGAUUAGCGGCAUGCUGGCCCUCAACUGUAUUGAAAUAUUGACGACCAUGAAAUGCCUGAAAUAUUCUUCUUCAAAAAGUCUGUGCUAUGUGUACAAUGUACAUAAUGUACACUAUGCUGUAUAUGUUCAUGUCCUUAAGGAGAUAAGCUGACAAAAUAAUGUAAACUGACUGACUUCAGUAUAUGAUGUAACAUCUAUCUCCUGUUUAAAAUGUCUCUGUUUGCUGGGUCUAUCCAACUAGUUUUGGCUAGAGUUGUGAAUACUCUGUGUGAAUGUGUGUUUGCUCAGUGUUUGCUCGGUGUGUUGUGUUCAAGUGAGCGUGUUCUGGGUGUGGUGAACAGUAAGGGCCUCCAUGACCCUGGUCCUGUCAGGUGGCCCCUGGCCCUCUGCCUCCUGGCUGCCUGGAUCAUCAUCUUCUUCUGCAUGCUCAAGGGCAUCCGCAGCUCUGGCAAGGUGAAAUAACACACACGUCAUCAGAAUACACACCUUUAAACACAGACAUACUCAUGUUAUGGAAACAUGCCCUCAAAACAAACAUCCUUGCUCUUGGUGUUGCUGUGUACUUAAGAGCUGUUACUCUGUAGGUGGUUUAUGUGACUGCAACGUUCCCGUACUUCGUGCUGAUCGUUUUGAUCAUCAGGGGUGCUACACUGGAGGGGUCACUUCAGGGUGUGGCCUUCUACCUCACCCCUGACUGGGGCAGGCUAGCCAGUGCACAGGUAAACUACACCCCCUAGUGGAGACAGGCUGGUAUAAUCUCUAGAGUAAAGUAAAGUUUGUUUGUUUUUGUGUGUAUGUGUCUACCUGUAAUGAUGAGUGUCAAGGCCCUUGGUACUUGCCAACAAAGUGAAGAGCAUGUCUUAACUGUCACCGUUCACCAUGUAGGUGUGGAACGAUGCUGCCUCACAGGUCUUCUACUCGUUGGGGAUUGGUGUUGGGGGGCUGCUCUCCAUGGCCUCCUACAAUAAGUUUGACAACAAUGUCAUCAGGUCAGUUGUACUCUACUCUUCUACUGUUCUCUCUGAGGCUACAGGCAUGCUGGGAAAUGGAGUCUAUCUAACAUUGUGUUGCUUUCAGGGACUGCCUGGUCAUCACCAUAGGGAACUGCAGCACCAGCUUCUUUGCGGGCUUCGCCAUAUUCUCAAUCCUGGGUCACAUGGCCUGGAGGAAGGGAGUGCCUGUUGGAGAGGUGGCAGAUACAGGUAGCUCUCGAUGAGCCAAUCACUCCUCUUGUAUUAACAAUACAUUUAUGUUACGGUUAUGACAUGGUAAUCACAAUACAUCCAGUUAAAAUCAUGGCACUAAAAAUGUAUUUUAUGGCAAAAAUAAGCUCAUUAGUGUUCUUGCUCCAGGUCCCGGUUUGGCGUUUGUGGCGUACCCAGAAGCCCUUGCUCUACUGCCAGGCUCGGUCUUCUGGUCCAUCCUCUUCUUCCUUAUGCUUUUCAUGCUGGGGGUCGACACUCUGGUAUACCACAGCCUUGUUCUGUAUUGAACCCCAGCUCUUUGAACUAACCAAACACAUACAUCUAACAUCCCGCUCCCUGUCUCUCUGGCCCUGUUUUCUUUCUGUAGUUUGGUAACAUGGAGGGCAUCACCACGGCCGUGCUGGAUGAGUUCCCACAGCUCAGAGCUAACAUGAAGCAGAAGUCUCUGUUCCUGGGACUGCUGUGUUUCGGUUUCUAUCUAAUGGGACUGCUGUUGAUCACUGAUGUGAGUGUGUGUGUGUGUUUGUAUUGAAGUGUGUGUGUGUGUGUGUGUGUGUGUGUUUGUUUGCACUGAUGUUUGUCUCUCCAUAGGGAGGGAUUUACUGGUUCACCCUCAUCGACUCCUUCGCCACUAGCUUCGGCCUCAUUAUCAUCACCCUCUUCAUGUGCAUUGGCAUCUCCUUCUUCUAUGGUACACAGCACCAUGCAACUCUAGCUCCAUACUCUGCAUGCUACAUUCCACAUACUAAUCACACAUACUAACCGCUAUUCAGACAUGCCACACACUUACUGGAUGUCUAUGUCAAUAGUGUCUUCAGAUACUUUGACAAAUAAUUGUGUGUGUGUGUGUGUGUGUGUGUCUGCAUUCUGUAACAUUCACAGGAGUGAACCAGUUUUGCCAGGACAUCAUUGACAUGAUCUGUCUCUGUCCUCCCUGGUGCAGCAAAGUGCUGCUCUACUUCAAAGCAUGCUGGGUAUUCUGCACCCCAUUUCUCCUACUGGUGAGUCAGACCCUCUAUCUUUACAAUAUGUCUCUGAAAAAGCAUCCCUCUCUGUCUAAAAUCCACCCUUUGUUGCACCCUCACAGUGGUGAAUAAUUUAAAGAGACUGACAUUCUAUCCCUUUUCACCCCGGCUGUGUUCUCUAUGGGUUACUUUUCAAUCACCCCUCAUGUAUGCACAGUAUGUCUGAUAUGUGUAUUUAUUUAAAAAGUAUGUAGUAGCUGUUGCAUAGAAACAUAAAUGAGUGAACUAACCAAGUGUCCUGAGCCAGAAAGAGUAAUGGACCAUACCAUAGAGGCUCUGCCUGGAUUGUCAUACAGACGUCUGUUUAAGAAUCUGUGCAUGCUCAGCUGCACUCUGCUGCGUCUGUCUGGGUGUUGGUCUAUAUCUCCAAAGCUACUGUGUGCUUUUGAUCACUGCUUUGAUUCGAUGAUUGUCUCCAUGGUUGCUGUUAAACUUUCUUAGUGUUUAUGUUUUUAUUUCUGUUGGCCUUGUUUCACAUGCCCCUCUGUUUCUGUGUCCCUGUGCAUCCAGUUCAUUCUGACCUAUAUCUUCAUUGAGAUGUACAACACCCCGCUGCAGUAUGGGGCCUAUGUGUAUCCUCGCUGGGGCAAGGCACUGGGCGUGUGCAUGGGCGCCACCUGCUGUCUGCAGAUCCCCAUCUGGGCCAUCGUGGCCAUCAGCAAGGAGUCUGGGACACUGAAAGACGUCAGUACCGUCCACCCCCAUUUUCCCCCUGUCUGUCAUUACCUAGGCCAUUUUACAUGGCUAUAGGAAUUGCCCUAAGGGGACAAAUAAAGCUGUAUUGAAAUGACUUGAAUACUGAAGCCACACUAAAAAUACAUUAAACUCUUGAUAUGUUAAAGGCUGCCAGUGUGCAAAUAAUUUAGGGGUUACAUCAGUUAUGAAAGUCACAUGCCAUUCAGUAUAAAAAUAUCUUUAUUAAUCUCUCUUACUCUCUCUCCAUUCAGCGUUUUAAGAAAUCCAUUCGACCUCUAAAUUCCUGGAGGGUGAACAACUUGAACAACAGUGGAGGGGGAGAGGAGCAAAUAGAGAGGGUGGAGGCACCGUUCACGGUAAACCUGACAGACAGAGACACGGUCAACCUUACAGAGGUGGAUUUCACAGCUAUAGCCUGGGAAAAUGGGACAGAGGCAUGACCCUUCCUCACUGGUGGAGGUGGAGAGUAUAUAAUCACCGGCAGAACUGUGUAUCAAGAGACAAAGGAAGGAUGUCACUGUCCAGGCAUCUUUCCCUGCCAGCCAGAAGGAUACCUUUUUGCCAUUUACUAUACUGACACUUUAAAGAUAAUUUUUGUAAACAAAGACUACUUAGAAGAUGUAUCUGAUUGUCCUUCAGGACAAUGUGAGUUGGUGGUUUUAUUUAUGCUUUCAAAAUAUAUUUUACAUUGUCUAUUUGCAAUGUUGCUGGAGUGUGUAUAUAGCCUAAAGGCCAUGGCUGCAGCAUGCAUACACAGAGACCAUGGGUGUAUUCAUUAGGAACCAAACAGAACCAAACGGGGAGGGACCUACCUGAAUUGCUCCAAUAGAAACUAGUUUUUAUUGCAAAACAUUUUAGUCUACGCUCUUAUCCAGAGCGACUUACAGCCCUGCUCAAGGGCACAUCAACAGAUUUUUCACCUACUCAGGUCAGGGAUUUGAACCAGCGACAUUUCAGUUAUUGGCCCAAUGCUCUUAACCGCUAGGCUACAUUUUCCAUUUGGAGUAAAUGGUUUCCGUUGCAAAAUGUUUUGGACUAAUGAUUACACCCCAUGU